CCCGGGGUGGAGGAAGAGAAUGUACUUGAGUGUGUGUGUGUGCGUGUGCGCGCGCUCAAACGUCGCCUACGACACGAUACGUACCUACUACGAAAACCUGUUGGAUGCUGUUUGACCUGGACCCGAACAAACAUCGAUAGCACCGCGGCCGUCACUAUACAAGUUACUGCGGUAAAAUCGUACGUGCGUGUGCGUAGUAGCGUACGGCAUAAUCAUGAUACCUACCCGACAAAAUCGCUACGACUAUCGAUUGUUGUACGCGAAUAUAACGCACAUCGAUAUACCGUUGCGGUUAUACGACGGAGACAGGUAAAACCGCUUCAGGGCCAAACCGUACACAUAGCUCCGAGCCUUCCGCCGGUGACCACUCUAGUUUUUUCUGUAUAUUUUUAUUUGUAUUAUUAUUAUUAUUUUUUUUUUUCGUUUUCUCGUAUCAUAUUUACGUACAACCACCCGAUCUUCGUGAUCCGAUCACGUUGUCAGAAACUACCCCCUUCACCCACUACUCGUAUAAUAUCGUACAUCUACAACCAGCUCUACCUCGGGCGAUGGCCACGUGACGCUAGUAUAAUGUGACGUCAUAAGUCGCUAUGAAUAUCAAAGAUAUACUGGUCAUGGAAGGUGACGAAGGUUCGAUGGACAACCAAGGCGGCGACGUCAUCAUCAUCAACAACAAUAAUAACAACAACGAAAACUGCAGUGACAACGAUAACGCGAAACGGCGUAAGCGGGAAAUCGUCGAAGACGGAGGGUCGCUGUCCCCGCUGCAUUUGCAGCGCCAUGAAAACAGCGUGUACUUGCGGCACCGGCACCGGAACGACCAACCGGAUGAACAGGAAGAAGAGGACCUGAGGCAAUCGGACGAUGAGGAUCGGCUAGCCGGACAUGGUACAGUCGCAUCGAUCGGCAGUGGUGGGGGAGGUGGUAGCGGCGGCGGAGGUGGUGGCGGUGGUGGAGGAGGAGGUGGCGGAGGCUCGUCACCGUUUAGCCCGCACCACCAUCAUCACCAUCACCACCACCGGAACACGACGCCCACCAACGCCGGUUCCAACAUGGGACACCACCAGGACUUCCAGCCGCCGUACUUCCCGCCGCCGUUCCCGCCGGCCCACCAUCACCAUCAGCCGUCCGCUGGCAACGCGUCUUCGCCGUCCGCCAUGGACUACAUCAACGACCCGUACUCGCAGACGCUCAACAGCCUGCACCAAAGCGCUCAGGCCGCCGCGGCCGCGCACCACUACAAUCAGUUGACCGUGGCCGCGGUGUCCGUCGGCCAGCGGCACGACGCCCUCCGUCGGUCGGACUCGGACUCCAUACACGUAGGAAACAUGCACCCGUCUUUCCCGUAUGAGAGCGGCCGUUCCCGGGGAGGCGAGUAUGGUUCUGGCGUCGGCGGAGUUCGAGGCCGUGGCGACGUGCUCGUUCAAUCGCACCCAGGCCUGGAAGACUCGCUGGUUCUACACAACGCCCUGUCCAGCGUGGUAGAAGAAGCUCAGGAACACAAUGUGGACGACAGCAGUUCGUUUAUGAACGACUUGCCACUACUAAAACGUAUGUCCACUACCCCAUCGGACGUGUUUUGCAGCGUACCCGGACGCCUUUCGUUGCUCAGCUCUACGUCAAAGUACAAAGUAACCGUCGGUGAAGUUCAACGCAGGUUGUCACCUCCAGAAUGUCUGAACGCCUCUUUAUUGGGUGGUGUGCUUAGAAGAGCGAAAUCCAAAAACGGUGGAAGGCUAUUGCGCGAAAAACUUGAAAAAAUCGGUCUAAACCUGCCGGCCGGCCGAAGAAAGGCUGCAAACGUAACGCUGCUCACAUCGCUCGUCGAAGGUGAAGCGAUACAUUUGGCUCGAGACUUUGGAUAUGUGUGUGAAACAGAAUUCCCGGCCCGACAAGUAGCGGAAUACCUGAGCAGGCCACACACGAGUGAUCCUACAGAGUCGUACCGGAGAAAAGAGCUUAUACAUGCCACAAAACAAGUGACCAAAGAGCUGAUGGACUUGCUGAACCAAGACCGUUCGCCGCUGUGCAACACCAGGCCACAGCAUAUUCUCGACCCGAUCAUACAGCGUCCACUCACGCACUUUUCGCUCAUAUCGCAUGGAUUUGGAAGUCCCGCGAUAGUCGCUGCCCUCACGGCCAUACAGAACUUUCUUUCGGAAUCGUUGAAGCACUUGGACAAGGUAUACCCAUCCGGCAACAACCUAUCAUCGCAGCAACAACAACAGCAGCAAAACAACCAGCUGCAGCAACAGGACCAGAAGCCCAAAGACUUGGUGGGACUGGAGCUGAAGAAGUGAGCCUGGUCCAGGCGGGCGCAUCGCGAACCUGCCGGCGGCCCGCAGCAGCACCAGCCGCCACCACCGAUUCACCAGAGGCUACAGCUGCAACAGUCGUACGGUGGCAACCGCGACGGUCGCUGUCAGUGAUCUACGGCUAUCGCUCUCACGGCGUAUUAAUUAUAAUAAUAUUAAUGUAUACAUUGUAUACAUCGACUUUCUGCCGCCACCGCGAUUUUUCAUUUUCCGUUUUUUUUUUCAUUCCGUGCUCGAUAUAAAAAAUCCAAAACUGCACUUUUAAUUCGAAGCGGUUCGGGAUGUUUUAAAUAACAAAAAAAAAAAAAAUCAAAACAAAAAAAAAAAAAAUGACAAACUUACAAAUGUUGUAUAAUAUUAUUAUUAUUAUUAUUAUUAUAUAGUGAUAUUAUGAUGUGCAGUAUGAGUUUUAUUAAAAUAUUGUAUGCGAUAUAAUUAUAAUGGUAUAUUUGUAAAUAAUACGAUAAUAUAUUAUAAUAUAUGAUAUGAGAUAUAUUAUAUUUUUUUCGGACAAUCGGAUUUUUUUUUUAUUAUUAUUAUUAUUUUUAUUUACAUAUAUAGUUUACGAAUUAGGAUUUUACGCGCGUAAUUGCCGCGUGUUUUUUUUUAUUUAUUUAUUCUUGUUUUUAGAUUAUAUUUUUACGUUUUCAAAACUUGUACAAAUCUUGAAUGAUUUCCCGCCCCUUCAUGUGCCAUCCGUAUAAUUACCACGAAACCCACUCGAUUCGUCGAUAAGAAAAUAAUAUAAAUAUCAAAACAUAUUAUAUAAUUUAUAAUUAUUGUAUAUUAUAAUUUCUGUCGUUGUCGCGACUUGUGUUUAUUUUUAAUUAAUUUUUUGAUUAUUAAUUAUUAUUAUUGUUAUUGUCUUGUACGUGAACGUUACAGGUCAUAAAAUAUUGUUAUUGUGACGUCAUUAGGACAAAGAAUCAAAACGAUACGUUAAUUUAGAAAAAAUCAAACUUAGUUCAUAGUAGAAUUUACUUAUCCCACGAUAUCAUUGCCAUAUUAUUAUUAUUAUUAUUAUUUAUUCAUGAUCAUGAAGCAACUUUCGUUAUUAUAUUAUGUGUUUUGCAAUUAUCAUAAUGAUUCAAUGAUAUUGUUUGUUUAUUUGUUUUUGAAUUUUGUAUAUAUUAAUUUUACAUGAGAUGAAUCAUUUUUUUUUUUUUUUUAUAAGUAUUGUAAGUACCUAGUGACAGUAUUAUUUACUAAUUGACGCUUUUUUGAGAUUAUAAAUUUGAAACAAAAAAUAAUAUGUAGUAUGUAUUGAUGAUGAUGAUAAAAUAAUAAUAAUAAUAAUAACGGUUUACAUUAUGUAUAUAUGUAUCAUGUGAUAUUUAUAGUUUCAAUCUGCGUAUCAUCCCAACGAUAAUAAACAAUAAUAAUAAUCAUAAUAAUUGUUGUACAGCGAAUUAAUAUUAUUCUUAUAUACAUGUAAAUAUUAUAGACAAACGCGCAUAUUAUAUAUAUAUAUUAUAUAUAUAUAACGGGAGUAUUAUUAAUGUACAUAAUAUAUUUAUAAAAACGAAAAAAAAAACAAAUAAUUGUAUCAUAUUUAUAUUGUGUAGUUUUUCAUUACAAUGCUCAAAAAUAUUACUAUAAAUGUUAUUAAAAACGUCGUGUAUUUAUUGCAUAUUAUGUCCAUCUUAUAAUAUUAUGUAAUCAUCUGCAAUAAGCGUUGGAGGCAGUAGAUCUAUUUCCAUUAUUUAUAGUCCAUAUCACGCAUGUCCUCAAAACCAACAAAAAAUCUGCCAGAUCACAUGUAUUUUAUCAGUGACUUUGCAGAAAGUUUAAAGUUUAUAUAGACAUUAUAAUAUUAAAUAAAAGUACUAAGAUCAGGCAAGUAGGCAGCGAGAUGUUUUUAGAGUAUUCAAACAUCCAACGAAGUUUUUGGAGUAUUCAAAUAUCCAACGAAGUUUUUUUUAUGGUUAUUAAUAUUACUUUAUAAGUAGUCUCAAUACUUAGUAUAUUGUAUCUCAAUUCUGUCGUUUUUAUUUUUUUAUUUAUACAAAAUUAAAGUAUUAAAGUAUUAUAAAUUAUAAUACUUUUAGUAAUAUAUUUACAUUUUAUAAAAAAAGUAA